AUGUCCAAGCCCAAGGUGUACGUCGUCGGAGUCGGCAUGACCAAGUUUGAAAAACCUGGUCGUAGAGAUGAUUUUGAUUACCCACAAAUGGCAGUUGAAUCUGUCACUAAAGCUCUACAAGAUGCAAAAAUCAGCAUUCAGGAAGUGGAUCAAGCGUGUGUUGGAUAUGUAUAUGGUGAUUCUACUUGUGGACAAAGAGCUUUGUAUGAAGUAGGGAUGACUGGAAUACCUAUUUAUAAUGUCAAUAAUAAUUGUUCAACUGGAUCUACGGCCCUAUAUUUGGGUAAACAAAUAAUCGAAUCUCAAAAUGCACAAUGUGUAUUAGUACUUGGUUUUGAAAAAAUGGAAUCUGGAUCAUUAUCUGCCAAAUUUUUAGAUCGAACAAAUCCAAUGGACAAACAUGUGACACUAAUGGGCGAUUUAGUUGGUUUAGAUGGAGCACCCAUAACUGCACAACUUUUUGGAAAUGCAGCUUUGGAAUAUAUGAAUAAAAACGGCAUAAAACCUGAAACACUUGCUAAAAUUGCCCAUAAGAACCACAAACAUUCAGUUAACAAUCCAUAUUCUCAAUUCCAAAAAGAGUAUACAUUAAAUGAAAUACUUGAAUCGCCUAAAGUAUUUGGUCCAUUAACAAAACUUCAAUGUUGCCCAACGUCUGAUGGAUCUGCAGCAGCUAUUCUAGCAUCUGAACAAUUUGUCAUUAAAAAUAACCUUCAGGAUCAAGCAAUUGAAAUUGUUGGAAUGGAGAUGGCUACUGACCCACCAACCACAUUCUCUGGUCAAACUUGUGUUCAAAUAGUAGGAUAUGACAUGACCAAAUUGGCAGCUGAUAAAUUGUUUAGUAAGACCACUAUCAAGCCAGAAGAUGUUAAUGUUGUAGAAUUACAUGAUUGUUUCUCUGCAAAUGAAUUAAUUACAUAUGAAGCUUUGGGCCUUUGUAAACCAGGAAAAGCUGGAGAGUUUAUUGAGUCUGGUUCAAAUACCUAUGGGGGACAAGUAGUUGUUAACCCAAGUGGUGGUUUAAUUUCCAAAGGCCAUCCUUUGGGUGCCACAGGAAUUGCUCAGUGUAGUGAAUUGUAUUGGCAACUACUCGGCAAAGCCGGAAAAAGGCAAGUACCAGGUGCCAAGGUAGCUCUUCAACAAAACAUUGGUUUGGGUGGUGCAGUCGUAGUAGCUCUGUACAAACAAGGAUUUCCUAAGACUUCACAAAUACAAAAAAAAGAAGUUGCUAAACCAACUACAGAUAAAGAUCCGACUGUUUUCAAAGUUUUUAAAAUUUUCAAAAUUCUUGAAGAAGCCAUGUUGGAUGACAAGGAAAAUAUAAUAGAAAGAGUUCGUGGUAUAUAUUGUUUUAAAGUAACAAACACACAGGGAAAAGAAGGCAUGUGGAUUAUAGAUGCAAAAAAUGGAAAAGGCAGUAUAACAUUCUAUGGCACAGGCAAACCAGAUGUAACAUUCACAAUGAAAGAUGAAGAUGUCGUUGAACUGAUAUCUGGGAAGUUAAAUCCCCAAAAAGCAUUUUUCCAAGGCAAAAUUAAAAUUCAAGGAAACAUGGGCUUAGCAUUAAAAUUAGUUGACUUACAAAAACUCAUGAGUCACAAAAUAGCUGAAUUACGAUCAAAAUUAUAA